AUGCUUAGAUCCUUUGUUGUCCGGUCGCGGUCGAUCGCCGUUUCGCGCCGCCUCUCCACCAUAGCUCUCACUUCCUCUGUGACCAGUUACCCCACAAAACACACAGAUAAGGGAUCGGAGCCCUACUUGACUCCCAGCUUUGCACAAAAUGAAUUGGUCAAAUCUGCGUCAGAAACUUGGUACGACAUUCAUGAUCCUGCCACCAAUCAGGUGAUCGCCAAGGUUCCGCAGUCGACACCCGAGGAGUUGGAACAGGCCGUCACCGAUGCACACGAGGCAUUCCAAUCCUGGAAAAACUACUCAAUUAUCAAGAGACAGGGUAUCGCGUUCAAGUUCGUCGAGUUGUUGAAGGAAAACCACGACAGAAUCGCCGGUAUGAUUGUCUUGGAACAGGGUAAGACUUUCGCCGAUGCGAAGGGUGACGUCCUCAGAGGCUUGCAAGUUGCCGAGGCAGCAUGCAAUGCUCCAAAUGAUCUCAUGGCCUCUUCGCUCGAAGUUGCGGCUGAUAUGGAGACGAAAAUGGUCCGCGAACCAUUGGGUGUAGUGGGCUCCAUUUGUCCUUUCAACUUCCCAGCCAUGGUGCCUUUGUGGUCCUUGCCACUCAUCUUGGUCACAGGAAACACGUGUGUUCUCAAGCCUUCUGAAAGAGUUCCAGGUGCAGCUAUGGUCAUUGCCGACUUGGCAGCCCAGGCUGGUGUUCCUCCCGGAGUGUUGAACAUUGUUCAUGGUAAACACGACACCGUGAACAAGAUCCUUGAGGAUCCAAGAGUGAGAGCUAUCACCUUCGUGGGUGGCGACAAAGCUGGAAAGUAUAUUUACGAAAAGGGUACUUCCUUGGGAAAGAGAGUUCAGUCAAACUUGGGCGCCAAGAACCAUUUGAUUGUUUUGCCUGAUGCAGACAAAGCCCACUUUGUCAACGCUCUUAACGGAGCUGCUUUCGGAGCAGCCGGUCAAAGAUGUAUGGCCAUUUCUGUCCUUGUGACUGUCGGUAAGGAAACUCAACAAUGGGUCGAGGAGGUUGCAAGGGACGCUGCUAAGUUGAAGGUCGGAUCUGGAUUCGACAGCACUUCCGACGUGGGUCCUUUGAUCAAUCCCGAGUGUGUCUCAAGAGCAACAGAAAUCAUCACAGACUCCGAGAAGGCUGGCGCUACGGUUCUCCUUGAUGGAAGAAACUUUAAACAUACAGACCCACAAUUUGAGAAGGGAAAUUUCUUGGGCCCAACAAUUUUGACUGGUGUAAAGCCUGGUAUGCGCGCAUACGACGAGGAGAUUUUUGCUCCUGUGUUGUCUGUCGUUAAUGUCGACACCUUUGACGAGGCCAUCGAAUUGGUCAACUCCAAUAGAUACGGUAAUGGUGUUGCAUUGUUUACUCAAUCAGGUGCUGCUGCCCAAAAAUUCACAAAGAACAUUGCAUGCGGCCAAGUAGGUGUUAAUGUUCCUAUUCCCGUGCCUUUGCCAAUGUUCUCAUUCACUGGAAACAAGGGCUCCUUUUUGGGAGACUUGAACUUCUACGGUAAGGCUGGUGUGACAUUCUUGACUCAACCCAAGACCAUUACGUCUUACUGGAGAACUAGCGAAGUCGAGAAGUACUUGAAGCCAUCAACUUCUAUGCCAAUCCAAAAUUAA